GCUAACAAGACAAGUAGUGCGUUCCGUUUUAUAGUUACAAACCAAAAUGGCUGUCCUGAGUAGGCUGUUGCUUGCAGCUAAUCGAAAAUUAUUUCAUACAAACGGGUUAUUGGGAACAUUACUACGGAAAAACAACAAUUAUGCGUUGCAAAACCAAGGAACGGUAAGACGCAUGUCGGAACAUCGUGUUAUGGAUAUAACUGCGAGUCGAUGGCAAUGGUAUAAAACUAAGGAUUGGCUGCAUUUUUACGUCUUCAUGGGCGUGAUACCUGCUGGUUUGCUCAUAUUUUAUUGUAACGUAUUUAUAGGGCCGGCAACCUUAGAACCAAUACCAGAAGGAUAUAAUCCACAGCCAUGGGAAUACUACAGGCAUCCCAUUUCAAGAUUUCUUUCGAGAUACUGUUUCCCAAACACACAAAUGGAAUAUGAAAAAUUACUUCACAAAGCGAAUACAGUUGCGAACAAGCGAAAAUUGUACAAGUUACGACAAAAAAUAAUAUUCUUGAUACGGGAACACGAGGACUAUAGAUAUUGGAGCUUUAGAGAAACUAAUGCGAAACAGAUAAUAGCAUUGAAGGAAGCUCUAGAUAAGAAUGAACUCGAUAUAUAAUACGUUGUAAGUAACGUAGAGUUAUUAUAAACUAGAAAGAAAAUCGAUUUUACGCAGAAAAUUCAUUAAAA